UUAGCCCAUCGCUACUUUGCGAGUUGCGAAUUUGUUGGAAUUUUGUUUUUCUCUCCACAAUUAACAAAACAUUAAGCAAUUACAAACUAAGCUACAGCUCAGACAAGGAAUCUCCAGGCUAGUUACAGGUCUACCCCAAGAAGAGGACCAGAUAACCAGCAGCAAUCAGGCCAAAUGCCGUACAUUAUCAUACGGGGGAACUUAGCCUCCUACAGCCACAAAUAUCCAUGGCGAGUGCUCGUCUCCGGAUUGAAAGCUGACGACAUCGAGCAGUUGAACAAGUUCUCUUGCGGCGGCUACAGUGACGAGUCCACCAUUGUCUACCUAGUGCACCCUUGUCGGAUUCUAUCGGCGCUGGAAAUCCUGGGAUUUCGCGUGGUGGCCAGCUCUUCGACGGCCGUGAAGCAGGACUACAACGAGUAUAUGUGGACGAUGCGCAAGGAGUUCGACGAGCCGGAACCCCUGGAAGCUGAGUCCGUGGUGCGAGAGAACCUAUCGAAUAUUGGCCGCGAGGCAGCCAGUUUAGGCAACUAUCACAAGGUGGACUCGCCCGAAUAG